AAGGGAUAUUCGCAAUAUGAGGGAGUAUAUUGCUGCAGAGAUCGAGGAGGAAGCUAAGAAACCACAUCGACUCAAGCCCUGGCCUGAUCUUCAACCCGCAGAGGCACCCUGGGUGAGUGACUUCUUUAUACAUCACCCAACCCAUCACUUCUUGGUUGUCAUCUUUCAAGGGAAUGAUAACUUCAUGGGAAAAGAGAUUAUCUUGGAUGUUUCAAACCAUGAGAGAGUCAAAGCAAGAUGGAUGAGAAAGGCAGAUAACCCUCUUAUUGAAAAAUGGGGUGUGGAUACAUUCCCCUCUGCAUACAUCAUAGAUCGUACAGGGAUACCUACAAAAAUUGUUGGAUCUGAUAGGGCCAGUUUCAGUGCAGCCAUCAAGAAACACAUCAAAGACAAUGCAGAUGAACUACCUCCUGUUGAACAACUCCUGGAUGAUACCAACCAUCUCCAUGGCGAUGAGAUGCUGGAUAAGGGGCAUCUCUUGGGACCGGAAGGAGGGGAUGGGAAAGCCAACAGGAGCGAGAGAGACGACAUCGAUAGCGACUUUGACGGGAGGGACGUGGACGAGGAUGGAAACCUAGAGAUGAAGGAGAAGGAGGAGAAAGGGAAGGAGCUGGGACUUAGCCUACUCUUGAGACCAGGAGACAAAGGGUUUGUGGAGAUGAACAAAGGAGGAGAAAAUGAUGGAGGGGAUGCUGGAGAGGAGGAAGAAGGACAAGGUGGAGCUGAAGCAGGAGGAGAGAAGGAAGCAGAAGGGGUGGGGAUACUCCAGGAGGAGGUUGGAGGUGCUGGUGUAGGUCUGGAUGACGUCGGAGUGGAUGACGGACCGGUAGAAGAUGAAGAAAGAGUUGGUGAAGAAGGAGAGCAUAAGAUGAUGUGGGAUAGAGUGAUGGAGAAGAACAAAGAAAAGGCAUUGAAAAAGAAAACCAACAACAGGCUGACUGAUAAGAGACCAAGUGAAUGGCCCAAAGUCUACAUGCUUGAUCUAGAGUCAGCUAUCCAGUACUCCCUCAGACAGGAGGUAUCUCUUUGUAGUCACAUCAAAGGAGAUGAUCUUCAGGCACUCACAGACUAUGUUGAUGUUCUCAGAAAGUAUUUUCCUGGAAGACCCGAAGUGAUGUCAUUCCUGACCAAUGUACAUCAGUGGCUGCUGGUGAAGGAAGGCACCAGUGUACCCAUAGAAGAAUGGUUGACCCUUGUUGAUCCAAGCAAGGAACCGGGACUCGGUCUCCCUGAUCAAGUCGAGUGGAUUGGAUGUCGUGGCAGCCAGCCUCAUUUCCGUGGUUACCCAUGCGGUCUCUGGACGCUGUUCCACACAUUGACCGUCUCCCAGGCUUCACUGAUCAGGAGAUAUGAUAAUGUCAGCUACAUGGAAGUACUUCAUGCCAUGAGAGGCUACAUUCUAGCCUUCUUCAGCUGCCAGAACUGCAGAGAGAACUUUCGUCAUGAAGUAGCUGACCUGGAUGACUCCGUCACUUCUCUUGACAGCGCCAUCUUGUGGCUUUGGCAGACCCACAACCGGGUAAAUAAGCGUCUUCGCGGGGACCUUUCAGAGGAUCCAGACCACCCAAAGCAAUCCUUUCCUCCACGGACAAUAUGCGCUUCCUGUUAUGCCAGCACCAACGUGGAACUGUGGGAGGAGAGACGAAUACUGGGAUUCUUGAAAGACUACUACAGCUUGCGGAAUUUUGCUUUCACCGGUCUCCAUGCGUCAAAUGGAGUCAUCUUAGAUGAAAUAGACUUGGGAUCUCGUGUCACCCUGAAUCCGGAGGGCGUGAAGGUCGACGUUCUGAAUCAUUUGCGGCAGCGGGAGAUGGAUUUUCGGUUGGCGGUCGAGACGAAAAAAUCUGGAUACUUUGGUCUCGGGAUCAAUGGGUUGGACCUCAGCAUGUGUAUGGUCCUAAACAUCAGUUGUGUGAUGCUUAUAGUGUGUGUUUACUUUGUCCUGGUAUGGAGGAGACGGAGAAGAACUCGAAUGUCGCGGCUUCUGCCUCGAUGAUGAAUCUUUAAGUGUGCUAUUAAAGUCAGAGACAAGAUGAAGACGAUUUUGCUAUUUAUUUUACAUGUAAAGAGACCCUGUGGUGAAGCGAGACCAAAGUUGGAUGUAGGUAGGUUGUGCUUUUAUACAGGUCAGAACUAUGGUGCAAUUUUUAAUUAUCCUUUGCUUAUCAUUUUUUGGUCAGUGUAUAUCUUUCUGUAUGUUCUAAUACAAGUGAUGUGCUCCUCAAGGCCAGCCUUGAUGACAAUCAUAUUGCCUUGACCUUGGCCCUUGUCCUUGGCCUCGGGGUAAAUGUACAUCUUUGGAUGAAGCCAGUUGUGACCAGGAAAUAUUUCAGAAAUAAGAAGAUAACAAUAUGUCAAUAGAGAUUUACAACUGUUUUUUUUUUAACAUCACUUGUAGUGGUGAGAUCCCCAUGGCUGCCCAUGGCCUUGAGGACAAUGUAUAGCCCUUGACCGUGGAUCUCUGGCCUUGUGCACAACACUGUCUAAUACCCCAAGGUAAUUGUAGUGACACUCAAACUCUGUAUCAACAGAUUGACAAAGCAUACAAAUUCUCCUCUCUCAGGAGAUAAAGAAGCUUAACACUAGUAUGAACUUAUCCUCAUUACUGUGUUUGGUAGAUCAGCUGUUUCAUGAAUAAAAACUGGCAUUCUAUAGUCUUUCUUUGACAAAUUUUCAGAUUACAGCUGCCAAUAGACGCCAGGGGUCCGUUUUUUGAAAACCAUGGACAAGUUUAUUAAUCUUUAUCCCCCAACCAUGAUUGUGUAAGAGAACAGGGCCCCACAUGUAUUUUUUAAUGUUGAAUGAUCUUUAUUUCUGAUUAACUACUUAAAAGCUCAUUUAAAUUGUUUAUUAUUAUCAUAGUAUUCUCAAAUAUCAUGAGAAUGAUCAUGUACAUUUAAUUGAACAUAAAACUGUCUUAUUUGAACUACUUAUCAAUUUGAUAUUGAAUUCACAUUUAAAUUAUUUUCUUUAAUUACUUCUGAUAUUGAACAAUCAUGUUCAUAGAUUAUGAAAUAUUCAUUAAAGUGUCAUCAGUAUCUACUUACAUGUAUAUGUUGAAAACAUUUCAUUGUCGAUUACCUAGACUGUAGGUUCAGUCAUACAGUGGUGCUAGAAUGUUAAUGAAUCCUACCAGAAAAUGAACAUAUUUAAAAUCGUUCAAAUUCUGCCACCUUUUCGCUAUUUGAUUGUGAAGUCAGGUGAUAAAAUUUUACCUUUUUUCUAUAUAGUUUUUUUCUCUUGGCUCGCUGGACAUUGUAGUGUUGUUGUUGUCUACGUUCAACACUCAGCAUGAAGGAAUGCAUUUUUUGGUGGGGUUCACUAAAUUCUUAAGCACCACUGUAUAUAUUAUAUAUCUUUAUUAAUCAUUAUGCUUAAAUUGAAGAUGUUGUUCUAGUCAUGUUCCAGAUAUUAUUUAUGUUGAAUAAUAUUUCAGAAAAUUUGAAAAUGCAAACUGAAAAAAAUAAUUUAAUUUUUCCUGUUUAUGUUGUAUCUUAUCUGGUGUAACAAGAUAAAAAUAUAAGAAAAAGACUAGAAAGUUUAAUCACAAAAGCGAAGGUGUUGAAAGUUGGAAAGGGUCUGAUUUUAGAACUUGUCACAGGUGACAAUGUUCCUAAGUCCGCCACUAAUUUCUAAAUUUCAGAAAACCCCCUUCUUUUUGUUGCAAUGACAGUAAUAAUCUAUCUAAAUCUUAGCUUAUCUAAAAUAAAAGAUAGCAAAUGAAGCCACUAAACAUAUUGCCCAUGAAAGAAUACAUGGUGAACCAUGAGGCAUAUAUAUCGAUUCAUUCAUCGCCAUAGAAACAUUCAGAGAAUCAAUAUUCUUUACCAUGGAAAACUUCAAAGAUUUUUUUGAGGCUAUUACAUGUAUGCCUGUAUGCCAUUCCAAGGAGGAGUCUAUCACAUGGCAUGCAAUGGAUGAUUUCAAGUACAGUGUUUUUAUCUGGUGUUGGUGUUGUGGCAACAAUGACACAUGUCACAACACAAUUCUUUAAGUGAAGUGUUGUGCACUGGCGUCCUCAACUGAGCAUUUUACUUUUUAGCACCAUUUUUCAUUCAUACAUGUAGCUGCUUUUUUAACUUUUCAAAGUUUAUAAAGACUUAAGUGAAUUGAAAAUGACAAAUAUACUAAGUACUAGUAGUAAUGAUUUUGUCAAUUUUAUCAGAAUAUUAUUUUCCAUAGGUUGUACUUAAAACAUGACCAUGGUCUGCAUAUUUGAUUCUCUUUUCCUGUCUAUGUUUAGUGGAGUUUUGGCCAAAACCACACAAUGGGACCCUUUAUCAUGAAUGGGGUAGCUUACAACUCAAAAUCAGAUUGAUUUAAUUUAAAAGGGAUUGGGCUUUAAGGGGAUUAAGAGGAUCUGGGUGUUCUCAAUAUUUUUUCCCCCAAAUAAUUCUCAGGCUUGAACACUCAAUUCAAUUUACUAAUAUUUGAAAGUCACAAUUCAAUUCCCCAUAGUUCAAAACUCACAAUUAAAUUCCCCAGAAUUUAAAAGUAAAAUUUCAAUUCUGUAGGCCCUACAGUCCAUGUUUGUAAGUUGCUUGCAUCUUACAGCCUCUAAAACUACAUGAUGAUAAUGAUAAUCCUAGAUUUGAUUUGUCUUGUGGCCAAUCCGCUCUGUAGAGUACUCAAGGCGAAAAUAAACUUUGAAUUUGGAUGUUUUUCACUCGUGAAUUGUUAUGGGCCAUGGUAGUGCGUUGGUCACUAAACUGCCUGCUCUUCCUGAAUAAAAAAAUGCAACUGUCAGCAUUGUCCUUUUGUCUUAAAUAAGUGCUUGUGCUAAAAUACAUGUAUUGUAUCGAAAGUUUAUUUAAGCAACAGAAUUAAUGAUAUUUCAUUAGGCGAUCUGUACUAUCUAAACAUGUAAUUUUAUUUCAGUAUAUUUA